AUGCCUCCAGCACAGUCGUCAGCGCAGACACCUGCACCUGCGUCCGAGGACCAGUCAGGACUGGGCAGCAAUCGCACACUCAUCAUCACGCUCAGCACGGUGCUCUCUGUAGUGGGGGUCCUCCUGGUCGUCGGAGCGAUACUACUAUGCUGCAGGUACAAGAGGCGGCGACUGCCGUUCUUCAACCGCGGCAUCUCGCCCAUCGACGACGACGAGAUCGAGACCUGGAAAGUCAACAAAUCGGCCGAGAAGGAGGCGGCAGUAGCGGCGGCAGCCGGAGUCUACAGGCAGGACAGAUACACGACAUCCGGCAGGAGAAGUCACGCCAAGCAGCCCUCGAGCGGCUCGACAAUCAAGAGCCCGCCCAGCGUCAUCGUCUAUCAGAGGCAGUCCGAGGAACUAGCAUCGCCUAGGUCAUUCACCGCCGCGCCGACGACACGCACCUCCAGGUACGGCGCCCGAGUCAGCCUCGACAAGGACCUCCCCGGCACGCCGGCGCAGGCCCGCGCCCCCAACGCUCGCGCGGGGCUGACCGACGAGACGGUCCCCGGCGACCCUUCGUUCCUGCCCUCUCCCAGGCGCCAGACCUCGCGCCUCUCCAAGCCGCCGCCGGCCCGGGGCGCCUCGUCGCACCACCACCGCACGCGGAGCUCGAGGAGCAGCGCGACCAGCCUGCGGAGCUUCAUGUACGCCGGCUCGGAGAUGGAGCUGCAGAUGCCGACCUCGCCGAGGGUGUCCAACGACGCGUACCGCGGCGGCGGCGGCGGCCAUUCCCAGCUGCAGCAUCACCACUCGUCUUCAUCUGGGUCCGGCCAGCAGCACUCCCGCGUCUACUCGUCCAGCUCUGUCCCUCCGAGGCUGUCCUUCAGCGACGACACCGCCCUCAUCGGGGGCCUGUCGCCGAGGCCGUUGUUCAGGGACGAUAUCGGGCGGGCUAUCGGUUGA